AUGUUCUAUCCAGAAGGAGAAAUCGUUGAGUUUCAUAGGCCGGAACCUGGGUUCACGUCGGCCGAAAUCCAAGAGCUUUGGUCUCUACUCGAAGAUCCAGCCAGGUCCAACUCUGGUUCACAAGACUCGUUUCAAGCCAUAUCUUUGAUCGACGAAGAGAGAAGAAGAAAGCGAAUGAUAUCAAACCGAGAGUCAGCUAGACGGUCGAGGUUGAGGAAGAAGAGACAUUUGGAGAAUCUAGCAAUCCAAACGGACAGGUUGAAGAUGAAGAAUCAGGAGCUGAAAAGGCAGCUGAAUUUAGUGGUGAACCGUUGUUAUAUGGUAAGAAGACAAAAUGAAGGACUGUGGUCGGAAUUUGUAGCACUUCAUGCACGGCUAUCGGACCUUUACCGGAUUUCUGUUCCCAUGCAGGAGAAGGAGAAUUCAUGCAUGCAAAUAUCAUUCAAUCAUUUCUCUUAA